UUAUCAGAGUGGUACCUUCCCUAACUCCCUUCCAGUCCCUCCCACAUUGGGUUGAUCUUCCCAGUCCGAAAAUCGAAGGAGGAAAGGUCAACAGUGUCACCGAGACACCUGGUUGGGUAAUCAGUUCCGUGGCCAUGGCAGCAGUGGUGUCACGUACAGUGCUGGACCGCCUGGUGAGUCUGAGGGAGUCUCCCAUGUUGCGCCUCCUCCUCUUGACUGACACAGUGGAGGUGUGUGGGCGUGGCCUGCUGUACUGCUUGUUGUGUGCACACUUGAGGGCCGGCACGCACAUCCUCUACCUCACCACCAGCCUUCACCCAGCAGAACUGCACCAACAUAUCAAAGAUGACGACACUGCUGGAAAAAUUGAAUUUUACGAUGGAGCAACAGACCCAUGUGGAUGGGACAGCGGGGAGCCAGCUGAGUGUGUGACAAAACCCUUGCCUGAGGUGAUGAAGAGCAGGUGUAGGACAGGUGGCAAGGUGGUGGUGGUGGUGGAUAGACUGGAACACCUAAUGCUGCACCAGGAUUCAGGGCAGCUGGUGAGAGGCCUGCACACCCUGGCACAUGAAGGUGAGGUGGAGCAGGUGGUGGUGUACUGUGGGCGAGAUGUGGUGUGUGAGGACAUGCUUGAGGCUGUCACUCAUCUGGCAUCAGGUGUGCUUCACCUCCACCACACUCAGCCUUGCUCCUGUGUCAUCCUUGUCAGGAAACCCUCAGGCAAAGUCAUCAAAGCUCAAGAGGAGUUCUCCCUCACCCCAGACUUCAGGGUGCAAGGAGUCAGGCCAACACAGAAAAACACAGGACAGGUUGGAGUGCCUGCUGACACAUCUGCCUCCUCUGAUCCCACUCCUGAAUCCCUCCUGGCUGCUACCACUUUCAGCCUCUCCCUGACAGAUGAACAGAGACGUGCCAAGAAUGAGCUACUCCUGCCCCAUACCAGAGUGCAGGGUGAGGGCGGCCAGAUCCUCUACACACCAGACCAAGAGGAUGACUGGGAUGAAGACGACCCAGAUGACGACCUUGAUAUUUAGCAACACAAGACUGGAAUAAACAGAUUGACACCAUCAGGCACUGCUCCAAUGCUUUCAUCAAUGCUGAUCUCCUUGUUGGUAUGAUUCUUGUUCACCUCCCCUGCUGUCCACACUUCCCCGUCCCGAGUCAGAAAUCUCCAGACACUCCAAGAUGCCUGUGUCCUCAGGGAUGGCCAUCACUUUCCAGGCAGAAGCAGAGCCUCUCCUUUGAGAAUGAUCACAGGCGAGUUCAGCAAACUGGGUCUCUUUCAUGAAUGGCGACAGAAAAUUUUUAGUCUUUGGUGAGGGCGAGACUCCCUUCUUCAACAGUAACAAGCUCUCCUCACAGCUGUCACUAGAGCUAGUCAGCUUCUCAAGGCUGUGUGAACACCACAUUGGCAGCCUAUGGUUGUACUGUGCCCACAGGAGUUGUUGAGAGAGGGGCAAUAUGGGCAUCAUUCUCGACACACUCAGAGAAGUCCUGCUCGCACUGCUACUGCCCCUUCUGCUGCCAUCAUCACUGCACAUGUUGCUGCUGUGUACCACAGCUCUGGUGACAAAUGGGUCCUUGCACACCGUGUCCAGGAUGCUCAGUGCCAACACUCUGCAAGGCCAGCCAGCUCAGCUGUGGAGGUGGCACUGUGCCCUCCAGGUCAGUCAUUGUCAUCUGUGCUGCACAUCACUGCUGCACAUCACUGCCCCUACAAGGACAUAAAACAUUUAAUAAAUAUGCAACAAAAUCUU